AUGCAUAAAGAGAAAAAGGCAUUUACUCAGAAUUGCAAAACGGAACUUCUUGGAAAAUACCAGGCACCAGGCAAAACACAAAGAAAAGCGGUUCUCCAGCGCAAGGAGGACAGUGCUGAUUUGAAGUGCCAGCUCCAGUUUGCCAAAGAGGAGGCAGCGCUGAUGCGUAAGAAGAUGGCCAAACUGGGGAGGGAGAAGGAUGAACUGGAGCAGGAGCUCCAGAAGUACAAGUCCAUCUAUGGAGACGUGGACAGUCCCCUCCCUACGGGGGAGGCAGGGGGCCCACCCAGCACCAGGGAGGCCGAGCUGAAGCUUCGUUUGAAGCUGGUGGAGGAGGAAGCCAACAUACUGGGCAGAAAAAUAGUGGAACUGGAGGUGGAGAACAGGGGGAUUAAAGCUGAGAUGGAGGAUAUGAGGUGCCAGUACGAAAAAGAGUGUCUCAGCAGGGACCACAUUUCAAGCAUUCCUACCUCGCCCUAUGGUGGUGACUCUGUGGAGUCAGCCACGGAGCUGCGCCGGCACCUGCAGUUUGUGGAAGAGGAAGCCGAACUGCUGAGGCGAUCGAUCUCUGAAAUCGAGGAUCACAACAAGCAGCUAACGAACGAGCUGAACAAAUUCAAGUUUGAGCCAGGCCAGGAGCCGGGCUGGUUGGAUGACGCAGCGUCCAAGUGCGGCGGCACCUUGCAAGAGGAGCUGAAGUCAGCCAGGUUGCAAAUCAAUGAGCUGAGUGGGAAAGUGAUGAAGCUCCAGUAUGAGAACAGGGUCCUGAUGUCCAAUGUCCAGCGUUACGAUCUUGCCUCUCAUCUGGGACUGCGCACUUCCAGCCCUAGGGACAGUGAUGCUGACAGUGAUGCUGGGAAGAAGGAAAGUGACAGCGAAGAAGGUCGCCCACCCCAGCCAAAGAGAGAGGGGCCCAUUGGGGGUGAGAGCGACUCUGAAGAAGUCUAUGAGAAGACGUCAGGUUUUGGGAGUGGGAAGCCGUCAGAAGUCAGUGACCUGUGCUCUACCGAGCUCAUGAGAGUGAAAGAGGACACGGAGUCUUUAAUCAACAUCAAACGUGAGGCUGAGCGGCUCGAGAGGACCGUGGACCGCCUUAUCACUGAUACAGACAGCUUGAUUUAUGAUGCAAAGGUACACGUAACCAGCAGCCCAUCACCCGAGCAGGAUUUCAAAAGUGGUGAGGAAAGGGGAGAAGAUAAGCACGAACCAGAGCUUCUGGACACCAUCAACUCCAGGAUGAAAGCUUUCAGGAAGGAGCUGCAGACCUUCCUGGAGAAGGUUGAUCACAUUGGGGAGGGCCUUAAGGAGCAGAUGGAGGACCUCUCCCCUCUUCCCCAUCUUACAGAGUCUUCCAGUUUCCUAUCCACAAUGACAUCCAUGUCUCGAGACUCUCCCAUUGGUAACCUGGGGAAGGAGUUAAUCACCGACUUCCAGUCCAAACUGAGGGAUCAGAUGGAGUGGCAGCUCAAACAAGAUCGUGGAGAGAAGCAAGAGAUUCACCACCAGCGAGCCACCACCGACCCACACCGCAGAGCUGAUGGAGACAUUAAACUCUACAGGCCAGGAGACAAGGGCUGUUUCAGUCUAGAGAAUGUAUCGAUACAGGAGCUUCAGGCUCAGCUUGAGCAGGAGACGAGACUUCACCAAGAGGAGCAAGAAAAGUUUACAGAAAGGAUUAUCCAGCUGGAGGAGGAGCAUAUGCAGACCCUGCGGAGGAAAGACUUGGAAGUGCAGAGCUUGACUUUGCAGAACAAACUGGAAGAGAAAACCUGGAGCCAGGAGAAAAAUCUGCUGCAGCAAGAACUCAGGCAUUUCAAGCAGGACACCUUUCUCCUGUAUGUCAAACUGAAGUGGCUGCUGAAACAUUGGCGGCAAGGCAAGCGAAUGGAGGAGGAAGGAGAGGAUAUAUUGGAGAUCGAGCACCCUGAGGCCCUCCCAGACUUUGGCGUUCAGUCUGAGCAGAAGGCGGAUGAUGCAGAGCGAGAGGAGGAGGAAGAGGAUGUGGUGUUUGCACUGUCAGAUUUCUCCCAGCGUCCCAACAUGGAUAGCACUGAUCAUGGACCACAGUUGCAGACUGCAGAAUUACUGCAGCAACAGAAGCAGGCAAGUGAAAAUCGGAAGCUCCUGAAUGCUCUGAAGGGUUUGUUGGAUGACUUCCGCUCGGAGCUGCAGGAUGAGGAGCGCGAGCGCCAGGGCCUCCAGCAACAGUACGCCCUGCACAAGGCAUCCUGGGAGGUGGAGAUGGCCAAACUGAAGUGUCACCUUGAACAGCUGGAAGGGAAGAGUGAGAACACCUCAGGAGAAGCAGGCCUCACUUCCGAUGCAAAGGGAGCUUUUAAAAGAAAGAAGCUUCUGGCUGAGAGUCAUGGUGUGGUGAUGGACCUCCGCUGGCAAAUCCAGCACAGUGAGAAGAACUGGAACCGGGAAAAGGUGGAGCUCCUGGACAGGCUUGAUAGAGACCGACGAGAAUGGGAACGUCAAAAGAAGGAGCUGCUGAGGCGGAUAGAGCAGCUUCAGAAAGAAGUGAGCCCACGAAGAGGAGGUGGUUUUCUGUGUGACCAGAAGGAGAGUAACCUUCGUUCAUUUACGGCCCAGGGGAACCUUCACGUGUCUCGUCCGAUGGGGUCAAGAUCCUACUCUGAUUCAGAUGCCAUUCAGUUUGACGAUCGGUCACUGUCCAAGCUGAAGGAGAGCGACCGAUGCAGUGCCACAGAAAACCUCUUUCUGGAAUCACUGUCUCUUGAUUCCCCUGACGAGUCUGAUGAGCACCGGUCUCAGCAGCAUGAGCGGGAGAAAUUCCUGACCGGAUUAACGGAAGAGGAAGAAACACACAAAGGAAAUCUUCAAAGGGCAAUGUCUGUUUCUUCCAUGUCAGAAUUUCAGCGCUUGAUGGAUAUUUCUCCGUUUCUACCAGAAAAAAACUUGCCUUUAUCCAGCAGCAAAGAUGACAUAACCCCUCCCCUGUCUCCUGAUGAUCUGAAAUACAUCGAGGAGUUCAACAAAAAUUGGGAUUACAGUAACACUAGGAACCAUGAUGGGGCCACUGAGAAGCCUGCAGAAGGCUGGGCGGAAAGGACAGAAAUUGGGAAAGCUGGGAAUGAACCUGCUUCAGAUCCCUUCCAGGCAUCAUCAUGGUACCUCACCACCAGUGUCACUAUGACGACUAACACCAUGACCAGUCCAGAGCACUGCCAAAAGCAGCCAAUGAGGAGUCACGGUGUAAGCGAAAAAAUGGGAGUGCGGGUCUUUCACAGCCCACCGGUUGUUCGCAGGUUUGAUAACUCGGUGAUAGCUGGCAGCGAAGGGAAAAACCAGGUUGAGCCAGACUUCCUGUUUUCUGUGACCAAAGCUAUGGGGAAUGUCGCUGAGCCAAAAGGUGCUUCCUCAGAUAUGUUUGGAAGGUGGUCUUGUGACCUGGCCAAACAUCAUAAGGAUUUUCUGGAGAGUGGUCUUCAUCCCAUUGAACGUCCUAUUUGCACUACUGUGGGCUUUGCCUCACCCUUGCACAGCUUGGAGAUGUCCAAAAACAUGAGUGACGACAUGAAGGAGGUCGCUUUCUCUGUCCGAAACGCAAUACGCUCUAAUUCAACGGAGCCUCAGUUUAAGGACACCGCGUGUCAAACCAACGGUAUGAGGACGACAGGGACGCAGACCACCCAGACGAUCAGCGUUGGCUUGCAGACGGAGACCCUGCGCAGUAUCACCAGCAGUCCACACAAGUGUCUGACACCAAAGGGGGGGUCCACGCCUGUCUCUUCACCAUCCAGAAGCCUAAGAAGCAGGCAAGUGACCCCCGUCAUUGAAAAGGUCCAGGCUAAGUUUGAACGCACAUGCUGCUCCCCCAAAUACGGCUCUCCAAAGUUGCAAAGAAAAAUCCUUCCCAAAUCAGACCAGCCAAAUAACCGGACUUUGCCUGGCACACCUCAGAAAGGAUUCAGCGAGUCUGCUUGGGCUAGAUCAACUACGACAAGGGAGAGUCCUGUCCACACCACCAUCAAUGACGGCCUCUCCAGUUUGUUCAACAUUAUUGACCACAGCCCCAUCUUUCAUGAGACCUUCCAAAAAUGCCCCAAAUCUAGCAGCCGGUCCCGGUCAGCAGAACCCAGACCAGAACUGGGCCCAUUGCAGGAGCCAUGUACAAAUGCCCGUGGCAGAUCACCCAGUCCUCUCCGGUUGGGGACAGAGCCGCAAAAGGAAGAAGGGACAGAGGUGACAAGUAUCAGGCAGGACUUAUCUGCCCCUCCAGGUUACACACUUACAGAAAAUGCUGCCAGGAUCUUGAAUAAGAAACUUUUGGAGCAUGCCUUAAAGGAAGAGAGAAGGCUACCUUCACACAGCCCACCAAAUCUUAGCAAUGACAACAGCACAGGAGAAAUUGUCAAAGUAGAUCCAGGGUCCAUAGAGGAACUACCUUGUUCUGCACUAGCCCCGUCCCUCCAACCCUGCUUCUCCCGGCCAGAGAGACCAGCAAACCGGCGCCCACCGUCGCGAUGGGCUUCACACUCCCCUACUGCCUCACAGUCGCAGUCCACCGGAGACCUGACUUCCUCGGAGGAGAGCGGAAGCAAGGAGCCGCCGGCAGAGACCCCCGGCCAGGGAGGCGAGCCGGCCUAAUGCCACACGGGAACGGGGCGGGGAGGAGGCUGCCACUCGCCUCCGCCAGGUCACCCGCCAGCCGUCUCUGCCGCGAAGGAGAGAGGUCCUCUUGGAGAGGUCAAGGAAUGUUCACAGCUGCUGAAUGUCCGACCCGGGAAACAGAGGUGUUUCUAGAAUGAAACAGUUAAUGUGCCUGUAAUAACUUAAUUUUUUUCAUAGCUGAGAAAACUAUUUUUGUCUCCAUCUUUUUUACAAACAGUAUAUUAACAGAAAAAAAAAAACCAAACAAAAAAAGGGUAAAAAUGAUAUACAGUAAGAUUUAAAAUAAAAUGUAAAUUAAGUUUUAAGGGAAUUUGAAUAUGUGCUCGCGCUCUCUCCAAAUACUGACUGCCUUUUGGUUAUAUUUGCACUGUUACGUUUUCGAUUUUGGUUUUGGGAUUUCUGUUGGUUUGUUGGGUUUUUUUUUUUUACUAUUUUUAUUUUAUUUUGUGUAAACCUAGGGUCUUAAGUUAAUUUUAUUCUAUUUUAAUGUCAGUGUUAUCGUUUUUUAAAAGUAAGGUUCUUAAAGAUGCUUCAACUGUCUGAAGCGAUACCUUUUAAGUAGUGAAGAAAGCCAUUAAGCUAGUUCACUAGACUUGUAUGGUUUCAGAUGGAGGGGAAUACAGGUAAACACAAGAAAAAGUGUAAGAAAAAGAAUGCCUCAGAAAGCCUUCUGGAGUUAGCUGUAAAAUACACCUACGAUACUUGACUUGCAUGCCUCGGGGUCCUCGCACUUUAGUGCAUGUACAUACUGCUACUGUACUUCUGCCAUCACAUAAAUGUGAGUCGAUCUGUUUCACUGUAGCAUUGUUGUGAAUUUACCUGUACUGUACUUUUCUUGUUGGUAUUCUUGCAUUGACUAUACAAAAAGAGUUUUUAAAUUAUUGUUAGCAGUUCAACUGGCUAUGUACAGCGUUUACUGAGAACUCCCUUCAUUUUGGGAAAACCGUGGAGCUCUCUGGGCAUACUAAACUGUAACUGGUCUUGUCUAAGAGUCUGUUGGAGACCAUGUGAAGUGGAAAUAAAACCCUCAGUAUUUACAA